AUGUCCGUGUUUGAAACUGCAGUUUUUAUUGUACAAAACUUGCCGAAAGAUGGUCCCGUAAAAACGUCUACCGAUGAAAAACUCAACUUUUACGGACUUUUCAAACAAUCUACACAUGGCAAAUGUGAUGUUCCAAAACCAAGUUUCUUUGAUGUUCAAGGAGUUUAUAAAUGGAAUGCGUGGAAGAAAUUGGAGUCGAUGACUUCGGAAGAAGCUAAGAAUGCAUAUGUUGAAGCGAUUGUUCAGAAGAUUCGAGACGUUCAGAAGACAUAUAAAACAGAGGAAUGGAUGAAAGGAGACGUUUAUGAUUUGUUAGCUCCAAAGUUUGAAAUUUUGGGAAUACUGGAAACGAAAAAGACGGAGGAUGAGUCUGAAAAACAAGAAGACGUUUUAAUUGAACAAAUUCAAAAAGAAGACUGUCAGCCAAAAAAUGAAACAGUUAAAAUACAAGAAAAUGAAGAAUCGAUGAAUUCCAGUGCAUGUGUGCUUUCGGAUAAUGAGUACGCUGAUGCAUUAGAUGACGAAAUUCAAUCAAGAUCAUCUUCGUUCACAGAACCUCAUACAUCUUCUCGACAUAGAGUUACUCGCCAAGGGUCUCCAUCUCUCAGAAACACUUGUCACAGACUGGAAAAAGAGCUGAAAGUUAUCACUGAAUCAAUUGAUAACCUCGGAAAAGCAGUCGAAGAAAGACACAAUUUGUUGAUUAGUCUGAUGAAAAAAUCUACUGUCUACAUUCUCGUCCCCAAAUCGACAUCAUGGAAAACUGUCAUGUUUUUCGUCUUCUGGCCUUUUGUCGCCAAUUUUCUGCUUCGAUGGCUUCGUCGAUUUCUGGGAUAUGUUUGA